AUGAGUCGAGUAGGAGACAAGCCAUAUCAAUGCUCAGAGUGCCAGGAAAGUUUUAUUUGUAAGUCAAAACUCAGCAUUCACCAGAGGAGUCACACUGGAGACAAACUAUUUUCCUGCUCAGAAUGUGAAAAGGUGCUUUUAUCUAAGCACUCGCUAAUCAAUCACCAAAGGAUUCACACAGGAGAAAAGCCAUUUAAUUGUUCAGAAUGUGAAAAAUGCUUCUCUAAGAAGUCUAGUCUUGUUAAACAUCUGAAGACUCACACAGGAGAGAAGCCAUUUAAAUGUUCAGAAUGUGGCAAGUGUUAUUCACAGUGGAUAACUCUAGCUCAACACAAAAAUUCUCACUCAGGAGAGAAGCCAUUUUCUUGCUCUGAAUGUGAAAAGGUGUUUUCAUGGAAGAAAUCCCUAAUUAAUCACCAGAGGAUUCACACAGGAGAAAAGCGAUUUAAUUGUUCAGAAUGUGACAAAUGCUACUCUUAUAAGAUUAAUCUUGUUGCACACCUGAAGACUCACACAGGAGAGAAGCCAUUUAAAUGUUCAGAAUGCGGAAAGUCCUUUUUAGAGAGGGCACGUCUUGCUCAGCAUGAAAUUAUUCACACAGGAAAGAAGCCAUUUUCUUGCACAGAAUGUGAAAAAGUUUUUGCAUGGAAAGCAUCACUAAUCAGUCACCAGAGGAUUCACACUGGAGAGAAACUGUUUAAAUGUUCAGAAUGUGGCAAGUGCUUCUCACACAGGAAAGGUCUUGCUCAACAUGUAAACAUUCACACAGGAGAGAAGCCAUUUAAAUGUUCGGAAUGUGGCAAAUGCUUCUCACAAAGAACACAUCUUAAUCAACAUGAAACUAUUCACACCGGAGUGAAGCCAUUUGAAUGUUUAGAAUGUGGCAAGUGCUUUUCACAGAAGGCAUCACUAAUCAGUCACCAAAGGAUUCAUAAAGAUUAG